AUGGACUCAGAAAACAACACGAGAAAUCUAGUAUUUCUUCUUGUCGGGUUUUCAGAAAUGCCCCAACUGCAGCCCCUCCUCUAUGGCCUCUUCCUGGCCAUGUACCUGCUCACCGUGCUCGGCAAUCUGCUUGUCAUCCUGGCAGCCAUCUCCGACCCCCGUCUGCACACGCCCAUGUGCUUCUUCCUCUCCCACCUGCCCCUGGUGGACGUCGGCUUCACCUCCACCACCAUCCCCAAGAUGCUGCUCAACCUCCACACGCACAGCCGGGCCAUCAGCUACGCGGGCUGCGUGGCCCAGAUGUUCUUCUUCCUGGUGUUUGUAGAGUUGGACAACUUCCUGCUGGCGGUGAUGGCCUACGACCGCUUCGUGGCCGUCUGUCGCCCGCUGCGCUACGCGGCCAUCGUGGGCCCCCGGCUCUGCGUGCUGCUGGUGCUGGGCUCCUGGGCGGUGAGUGUCUCGCACGCCUGGCUGCAGAGUCUCCUGGUGCUGCGCCUGUCCUUCUGCGCAGAGGUGGACAUUCCGCACUUCUUCUGUGAGCUGAACCAGCUGGUGCAGCUCACCUGCUCGGACACGCUCCUCAACGACCUGGUGAUGUACGUCGCCCUUGUGCUCUUGGCCACGCUCCCUCUGGCCGGCAUCCUGUAUUCCUACUGCAGGAUCGUGUGCUCCAUCCGGGCCAUCUCGUCCAGCCAGGGGAAGCGCAAGGCCCUGUCCACCUGCGCCUCCCACCUCUGCGUGGUCUCCCUGUUCUACAGCACGGGCCUGGGGGUGUACCUCAGCUCUGCGGCCACGCACCGCUCGGGCUCCACGGCCACGGCCUCCGUGAUGUACACGGUGGUCACCCCCAUGCUGAACCUCUUCAUGACAGCCUGA